CACGGCUCCUGUACUAGGAAGUAUGUUCGAUAAAUAAACGAAAGCAUGCAGUUAAUUUGCGGACACACUUCCCCUUUGGUCACUGAUGUUGGCUGUAGUGAAACCAACGGUGGAGGUGACACUGUUAAACUGUCAUUAGCUGUGCGUCUGUUCAACAUACGAUGUUAGCGACGUUGUCGAGAGCAAGAAGCUGUCGGAGGUUUAACCCUGACACACUUUUGGUAAACGCAUUCUUUGGUCAGGAGGUAAAAAAUAUCGAUUUUAGAUCUACAGUGUCGACAGCGUGGAGGUUGAGAGUUCACGGCGGCACCAGAGAUGUCAGCACCUCCUGUACACUUUACUCCAAAGUCCGAGGAAACCCGAGGAAGAGUGAGAUCUCCGAGAAGAAGCUGACCCGUCACUUUAAAGACUAUCGCUAUGUGAAGUUAGUGGCCGGCUCAGGUGGUAAAGGUGCCUGCAGCUUUCACAGUGAGCCCCGUAAAGAGUGGGGAGGACCAGAUGGAGGUAAUGGAGGAGAUGGAGGAAGCAUCAUUAUAAAGGCUGACCGCUUUGUCAAAUCAUUGGCACAAGUAGUUCCAGUUUACAAGGGAGAGGACGGGCAGUCAGGAGGCAGCAAGAACUGUUAUGGCAGAAACGCCUGUCCGACUUAUAUAUCUGUACCUGUAGGUACUGUGGUGAAAGAGCAUGGAAAGAUGGUUUUUGACCUUUCUGAGCAUGGCCAGGAGUAUCUGGCUGCUUUUGGAGGGUCUGGUGGAAAAGGGAAUCGUUUCUUUUUAUCAAAUGAAAACCGGGCACCAAUGACAGCAACCCCAGGAACCGAGGGCCAAGAGAGGGUUCUUCAGUUAGAACUACGUACUAUGGCUCAUGCUGGACUGGUUGGGUUCCCUAAUGCUGGGAAGUCAUCAUUGUUGAGAGCCAUCUCCAAUGCCAGACCUGCUGUCGCUGCUUAUCCUUUUACAACACUAAACCCACAUGUAGGGAUCGUCAAGUACAGGGAUCAUGAGCAAGUUGCAGUUGCUGACAUACCAGGCAUCAUCAGGGGAGCACAUCAAAACCGAGGCCUUGGGAUCUCUUUUCUUCGUCACAUAGAACGCUGUCGUUGCCUCCUCUUUGUUCUCGACCUGUCUUCCCCUGAGCCCUGGAUGCAGCUCCAGCACCUACAAUUUGAACUGGACCAGUACGAAGCUGGUCUCUCCCAGCGGCCUCAAGCAAUCAUAGCCAACAAAAUGGACCUACCUGAGGCUGAGGAGAAGCUUAAGACUUUGAGGAGCCUCGUCACCCAGCGGGUCAUCCCUGUGUCAGCACUAACAGGAAAGAACGUAGAGGAGCUUGUCCUCCACCUCAGAGAGCUGUAUGACGGAUACCUCCAAGAGGAGGGGAAAUCCACUAGAUGGUAGUGCAAGCUCUUUCCUCUGGCUUGAUGGAACUAUUUAUACUGGAUGAUAUUGAUUGUAUUCAAAA